AGGAGCCUGAAAAACUUCCCGAGUCAGCGAGCCGAGAUAUGUUCCUCCCAGAUGUUGGACGGAGCAGAGAGGUUGUAAACAACCGGAGAUAAACUUAUCUUUUUUUUUUUUUCUUCCUCUUCUGAAGCUGGAGGAGUUUUGGGGGAUGGAGGCAUCAUGCUUGGACCUGGCCCUUGAAGGUGAACGACUCUGUAAGACGGGGGACUAUCGUUCAGGUGUGUCCUUCUUUGAGUCUGCCAUACAAGUUGGAACAGAAGACCUUCAAAUCCUUAGUGCCAUCUACAGCCAACUAGGAAAUGCCUACUUUCACCUUCAAGAGUAUAAUAAAGCCUUAGAGUACCAUCGACAUGACCUCACACUUACCAGAACAAUUGGCGAUGAACUUGGUGAAGCUAAAGCCAGUGGCAACCUUGGGAACACAUUAAAGCUUUUGGGACGAUAUGACGAAGCGGUGGUUUGCUGUCAAAGACAUUUGGAUAUCACAAGAGCCAUGUAUGAUAAGGUUGGGCAGGCUCGAGCACUGUAUAAUUUCGGAAACGUUUACCAUGCCAAGGGCAAGAGCAUCUGCUGGAGUGGAGGUGAGCCAGGAGAGUUUCCAGAGGAGGCUAGGACUGCCCUAAGAAAAGCUGCACAGUACUACGAAGCAAACCUUUGUAUGGUGAAGGAGUUUGGUGACCAUGCAGCUCAGGGUCGUACCUAUGGGAAUCUUGGUAACACCUUCUAUCUCUUGGGUGACUUUGAAAGUGCAGUAGCAGCACAUGAAAAGCGUCUUCUUGUUGCAAAAGAGUUUGGAGAUAAGUCUGCAGAGCGGAGGGCUCACUGCAAUCUUGGCAAUGCACAAAUAUUCCUUGGCCAGUUUGAGGUGGCAGCUGGUCACUACAAGAGGACACUGCAGCUGGCCCGACUUUUGAAGGAUAAAGCAGUGGAGGCUCAAGCUUGUUACAGUCUGGGCAACACCUACACACUCCUGCAGGACUACGAGAGAGCCAUAGAUUAUCACCUCAAACAUCUGGUCAUCGCUCAGGACCUCAAUGACCAAGUGGGUGAGGGAAGAGCGUACUGGAGCUUAGGAAAUGCCCACACCGCCCUGGGGAAUCAUGAGCAGGCCAUGUACUUUGCUGAAAAACAUCUGGAAAUUGCCAAAGAGACUGGAGAUAAAGGCAGCGAGGCGACAGCCAGGAUGAACUUGUCAGACCUACGGCUGGUUGUAAACCUGAAGUCAAACUCCAACAUGCCUCACAUCUUCAACAACACAAACUGUUCCCCUGUUACAGAAGGUUACCUCAACCUGCAAGGGAGCAAGUCUUCAUUUAGGAGAAGAGGCAGUGCAGAGAACCUGGAACAGAACCGGCGUCCUGACAAACCUGAAAGAGGAGAUUCGUCACCACAUCAAGACUGGGAGGAGCACUUGUUAGCUGGUUCAUCAAAAAACACAAUAAAAGCCUCCACCAAGCUUUUCCUUUUUCACCGGCUGAAAAGCAAGAAGGUGAAGAACAACAAGUCGUCUUCUAAAGAUCAGGAGGAAAACCAGAGCGAGCACCCAGACUCUGAGCGGGAUUCAUCGGCGUCUCCAAAGUCGAGGCCACAGGACACCAUCGGCGAGGACGGCUUUUUUGAUCUCCUUUCUCGCUUCCAGAGCAGCAGAAUGGACGACCAAAGGUGUACACUGGAUGGCCAGAACCAUCCCUCCACCCAUCCCCCCCCUUCCUCUACCUUACCUGUAGAGAAAUCCACUUCAAAGGAAGAAACGUCAUCACAGGAUCCUGGACAUUUCCUGGAGCUGCUGGGCAGCUCCCAGGCCCGUCGUCUAGACGACCAACGAGCCAGCCUCAGCCAUUUUCCUGGCUUACGUCUCAGCACCUGCAGCCCGCCGCAUAUACCCUCCACCUCCAGCACAGAGCCAGUCCCGGCACCAGCAACAAUUCCUGCUGCAAACACAAGUCACACACCCUCCCUCUACAAUCAUCUCGUGGACAAUGCUGAUCAGCCUGAAGCAGAUGAUGUCUUUUUCGACAUGUUGGUGAAGUGCCAGGGCUCCAGACUGAACGACCAAAGGUGUGCUGCACCUCGUCCAACAGCUAAAGGUCCGACGGUUCCAAACGAGGACUUUUUUAGUCUCAUCCUGCGUUCUCAGUCCAACAGGAUGGAAGAGCAGCGGGUCCCGCCCCCAUCUGGUGUCAAUCAAACCAAACCAGACUGACGUCAUGAUGAGAAAUGCCAAACCCAAGAUAAUCAAAUGAAGUAGCCAAAGUUUUUUUAUGACUGUUUUCACUUUUGUAACCCAUAAUAUGAUUGAUGCCUGCUUUUUUGGAUGACAUUCCUUCAAAGUGAUGUGGACUACAUGAAUUUAUUAAAGGGAUCAGGAUUCCAGAUAAUGAUAA